UAGACUCAUUGUCAGUGGUUUUAGUAAAUAUAAUGACAUGAAUCUGUAGUAUUGGGAUUAUAAAAUACCGGGAAGCAAUAUGUGUGAAAGACACCUGUAGCAGUGGCGAAUGGCAAGUCGUGGUGGGAUUUAUUCUGAUAAGAGAAAGAAGGAGGUGAUACCACAAUAUUUUGUGAAAGAAGCUCGACAUCAUCCAGACGGUUUCACAGUUUAUAAAGUCAUUCGUAGGGUGCCUGAUCCUACUUCGUUCGACUGUUUUAAAGAGAGUUUUGUUUGGAAACGAUACAGCGACUUCAAAGAUCUGUAUAAAUGUCUCGUUUUAUUGCACAAAAAACUUUUUCUUAAUGGAAAACCGCCAGAGUUUGCAAAACCGAAGUUGUUUGGUCGCUUUGAAGAGAGUGUUGUCCGAGAAAGACAGAAAAGUGCAGAGGAUGUGUUGAAUUUUGCAACCCAGCAUCCACCUUUAUGCAGAUCAGUUGCUUUUAAAGAGUUUUUUCAGUACCUUCAGCCCAUCGACUCAACUUCUGAAAUUCGUUAUCUCAAACAAUCUCCAUUGAAACCAAGUAAAGAAAAGAAAGAAUUGGAUGACAGUGACAAUUUGCUGCAGUCAGAUCAGACAACAAAAUCACAAUUGUCUCAUAGAGAUUUGGAAUUAUUUGAUCCAUUUCUUACAACCAAAGAGUUUAUUGAAUGUACAUCAACUGAUCAAGACCAGAAUUGGAUAGAACAAAUAAAGAAGGCUUUCCCAUCAUCAAGUAAUACAAAUCCUGAUUCGCCUGAUCUUUCAUACAAACGUAGGGAGCUGGAUCCAGAAGACGAAUCUGAAUUACUUGAAGCUCUUAAAGUUUCUGUUUCUCAGGGUGAAUUGGAAAAUUAUCAUCACCAAAGCCAAAAUACUCACGAUAAAAAGUUGACUUGUAAUGAUCAACUUGGACCACAUUCAUCAUCAAUGCAACCAAAGAUGGAUUUGGAAGGUUUAUAUCCAAAUACGAAUUCUCGUGAACAGCACAGGAAGUCAUCGAAAGCAAGUGCGUAUUUAGAAGCUGUCAUUAGAAGAAACAGACUUGCGUCAGAGUCUGAAAGCGGUAUUGCUCAGAGCACUGGAAAUCAGAAUGUUACAGAAAACAGAAACAGUAGCUCUGCUUUAAAUCAACCAGCUAGAAAUGGACUUACCGGUAGUCCUAUUGAUAAAUCAGCCUUUGGAUUACCAACAAGAAAUAGUUUGCUCGAUCUUCCAAAAAUGUUUAAAGAAGAAGGCAGUGAUGAUGAAAGCAGAGGAGCUUAUCUUCAACAAGCCGCUCAACAAAUCUCAUUUGCUCGUGCUGCUGAGGUUAAAUUAAAUUACGAAGAAUCAUUCGGACAUUAUAAAGCUGCAAUUAAUACAUUGUUACAAGGAGUACAAGGUGAUACCAAUGAAUCUCGAAUUCAAGCUGUUCGUAGAAAAACUGCAAAUUAUCUCAAACGUGCUGAAGAUAUACAUUCAAACUAUCUUAAAACAACCAUUGAUACCAAUGAUCUAUGGAAGCCUGAUGCGACUGAUCCAAACUCAUCAUCACCUCGUCCUGGUAUCAUAUAUCCCAUCGAUGUACAAAGAACGAGAAGAGAUACGUCAUCACCUGUACCGUCCAUACCUAGUCCGAGACAUAAUUCAAAAGAUUUGUCAUGUUAUAAAGUUCUAGGAACUGUUGGGAAAGUAUUGCUCGUGUUGGAUACAAGAAACAAUGAAUCUUAUGCUAUGAAAAUUCUUACAAAAUCUUGUCAAAAUCGAUUACGAAAAGGCGUGAUUCCAACAAAUGUACCAUUCAUGGUCAGAUUGCAUCGAUAUUACAGCACAGAACAUGCGGUUUGCUUGGUGAUAGAGCAUGCUUCAGGUGGUCGACUUUGGGAUCAACUUGCCCCUUAUUUUGAACUUGCAAGAACGAAGAAUGGAAUACCAAAAGCAGAAAAUACGCAAACAAAAGUUAAACAACUAAAGGAUUUUAAAAGGGAACUUUCAUCCACACCUAAAAAGGUUGGCAGUUACAAAAGAUCAGAACCUAAAUCUUUCAUCAAAAAGCAAAUUGACAAUCAGGUUUCAGACAAAGGUGAAAGCGAGGAAGAACAAUGCUCAUCAUCGUUCCUAGAUUUAUUUAUGGAAUAUCAAACCGAGGAUCCCAUUGGGACGAGGGCUCAACUGCGCCCACUAACGAUGAAAAUGAACCACCAGCAGUGUUUGAAACUCGUCGCAAGAAAUUUUGGAGAAACAGAAUUACGAUUCGAUAGAGGAACGAAUUUUAAGAAGAUUUCUUCUCAAGGAGAUAUAAAACUGUUCACAAUAGAUCAGGAUGAAUAUGACGGUAUUGAAGCACCUGAUGUUCUGGAAGAUGAUAUCUAUGAUUCACGUUCUAACGACGGAUCUGAUUCUGCAGAAGAAUUGGAUGACAAAAAUAAUUUUCUUCAUGAGUUAUUGAGUGAACAAGAUUUGUCAGCUGUGUCUUUGCUUGGUGACAAAACACUUCCCUUGAAUCUCACUGACGACCAGGAUACUGAAGCUAGACGUUCGAGCUUAACAUUAUCCAGGGUGUUGGAUAUUUCAAAAAAUUCACCAUGUCUUUCUAUGAACAGUAGUUUCGAAGAAGACAGAAGAAAAAGCGAAGAAGAAAAAGAUUCGCAAAACCAAGGCCCUGUUUUAACUAGGGUUAUAGAUGAAAAUGGUGUAUCUUCGAUAGAUGCUAAAACCUUGUUCCGGACGCAUUCUCGAACGAGAUCCACAGCGUCAGCGAAUGAAAGUAAAUUAGUAGAAAAUAAGGAAGAUAAUAAACAAGGUGUUGUUUUGGAAGAGGAUGAACGUGAUAUAAUUGAUGAUGAUGAUGAUAUCAAUAAAAUACAUUCAAUAUUUGUAGAGAUGGAUUUAGCGAAGAAACAAAGCAUGUCAUACAGGAUCCCAGAAUCAACAGUCUGCAGGUGGAGUGCGGAAAUAAUAAUUGCUGUUGGUACAUUGCAUUCUAUUGCUAUUUUAUGUCGAGAUUUAAAUCCCAACAAUAUAUUGCUCACUGCUGAUGGUCGCAUCAGACUCUCGUAUUUUGGAAAAUGGAGACAAGUAGAACGAAAACCAUGUGAUAAACUCGCUGUCAAACAAAUGUACGUAGCUCCUGAAAUGAGUAGAGUGGGAGAGAGAAAAACAGAAGCCUGUGAUUGGUGGAGUGUCGGUGCAAUUGUAUAUGAACUUUUAACUGGAACUCCUUUGUAUAUUGCUCAUCCGUCUGGAAUCAACAGUCAUACAGUACUGUCAUUACCUGAUCAUUUAUCACCAGAAGCAAAAUCAUUACUGAAUGGAUUGCUUGAAUAUUAUCCAACUCAAAGACUUGGUUAUGGUAUAAAGGGACUUGAUGAUCUCAUGGAUCACCCAUUUUUUAAAGACAUAGAAUGGGAUUUUUUAAUUGAAGAUUUUACUUCUGGUAGUUGACAUGAAUGUAAUUUUUAAAUCAUCCAAUUUUUGUUUUCAUGCUCACUAAUUAAUAUUUUAGCUGACAAAACCGAUAUUACCAUAAUGUUGGUGGUUUUCAUAUUACUGUAUUUUACAGGCCAUACGGAUAUCGACCAUAAAUUGCUUGGAUUGGGUUUUUAUUUAUACAUAGGGUGAAUCGAACUAUAAGGUGUGACGGUUUUUAAAGCAAUACUGUACAACCAUACAGCUUUUGAGUGUAGGCCAGUGGUUCUCAAUCUUUUUUACUGUCAGAGCCAAAUUUCAAACCGUAAAGUUGUAAGGAGCCGCAUAAAAUAGCAGAUUAAAAUAGCAACAAAACAAAACUCAAGUAUGUAUUUUAAAAUAACAACAUCAACAAAACUCAAGGUAAAAACCAAUUUAAUGCUAAACGUAACAUCGGCUUUUAAUUUUGAACUCUGAAAAAGCGAGGUGCAAUCGUGAUGGAUGCAUUCUCUAGCAAUAUUUAUAUAUAAAACAAAACCUAGCUUCAUAUUUUCAUAAUUCUAUAUAUUCCAAUUUAAAAAUGCUUCUCUUUUCAAUCAAAUUGAAACGCCUGAUUAUUUUUAUAAAAAGUGCGAGAUUUUUUGACCAUUUGGCUGACAUUUUGUCUUGACAAACAAACAGAUGAAUAAUUUGUUCAAAAAUACCUGAAACGUAGGCUAAACCUAGUGG